UAAAUCCCCCCAUGUCCCCCCUGCCCCCCCCAUAUCCCUCAAAUGUGGCUCUCCUGCGUGGAAAUCUGUAGGUGGGAAGUAGAACCAAGUUUCAGCUUUGUGUAUCUGUCAAAAUGAGAAGACGGUGCCUUUGAGUAAAGAUAGGGCACCUGGGGUUCAUUCACCAUUUUUUAACCCUUUCAGAAAUGACCUAUUACCCAGGCAAAGCAAAGCAGUGACCAGUGGCACCACAGAUUAAACACGAUCUGAGGUGAAUCUGGGGAAGCUAGAUUAUCACCAGCUGUUACAGUAAUUUUACCUUUUCCACUGUGGCAGUGCCCAAGGGCCCAGACCUUUGGGAUAGUGUUUAAAGGCAAUACUGGGUGACUUAGAGGAGUCUGGUGCCUGCCAUGAUUUAAGCAUACAUACACAAAGGAGCAGUCACUGUGCAUGGCACUGGAUAUCCUCAGGCAUGCUGGUGCCUGUUUUUCUCUGUGCUUUACAGGCAGGGCCAUCUGUGGGCUAAAGACUAUUAAGCAGGAAAAGUUUGUUUAUGGAAAGGCUUAAAUUCUUUAUAAAGGAAUCCCAGCCUAUACUGAAAAUGUGGUGUGGCUCCACUAAGCAGAAAUUAAAAAUGCUUUCUCUGACUUGAGAGUGUUGCAGUGACUGAUACACCAAUGAGACACAGACAGCUCCUCUUCAUUGCCAAAUUCUCAGGGUUGCAGCUUGUCCUGUGUGAUAGGAAAAAAGCCACCUUGCCAUGCUUUAUCCUAGGCAAGAACUGAUAGCACAGUAAAACUGGAAUUGUAUCACAUCAGUGCCCGAGUGAUUUAUUACGAUCUAGGGCACUAUGUCUCACCUUGGAUGUACGAGUUCCAAGGAGAAUUUCGGUUUUCACAAGGCGGCAUUAAAUGGCCAGGGAUGGCAAUGGGUACCAAAGGUGGCUGCCACGUGCUGCCAUGAGGCAAUGCAGGCAGUGACAUCACUGCAUGCCUUGUCCUGACUCAUGUCUCAGCCUGGGGGAGUUACUCUAAGGAAGUCUCCUGCAGCUUUCCACUUACUGAAUUAGUCUUCUGGGCAGCACUGGGAUGGAAAAUGAUUGCUUCUGCUCCAGGCAUCUAAUGCAACCAUGCAAUGAAUUUUCUUAUUUGCUCCCAGUCCAGAAAAGUCAACACAGCUCCACAGGAUGCACUGAAUAAAUAUUAAUAUUGCUGUCCUUACUCCCUGAGCUCAUUUUUGCUCUUGGUGAAUUGAUUCUCAUUUACUCUGUGAAUACAAAGUGAGCAGUUUUGUUAAACCUCACAGUUGCUCUAACCUGCAGAGAAAAGCUUGGUGUCGUCUAUCUCAUUCCCUGUUUUCCAAGACACACACAGAUGAUUUGCAGAGUUACUGGGCUUCAAACCAGGUGUCUGAUAAACAAUCUGCUUCUGAAAUGGUGGAAUGCAGCUGCUUUUGCAUUCUCCAGCAGAUUUCAAUGUGCCUGUGACAGUAGUAAGUAUUAAAUCAUAAAUAGCAUCUGUACAAGAUGCUCUUCUUCCUUCCUCAUUUUGACAGACACUUGUCAGGAGCCACAGGAACACGAAUGUAGAGCACAGACACCCAGUUACCAAGCAGUGUUUCAUUACCGUAUGUUAAUUACAUUUUUGAGAAGUUCUAGGAAAUCAGGAACAUAAAACAUGCAGGCGUCUUCUUUCCAUUGAUCAGAGAACUGUGCAGCACAGCUGCAACUUCUCCCAAGUCUUUACUGCAGGAAGGAUUCUGAAAAGAAAAAAAAAAAAAAAAAGCCUCUCCCUUUUCCUCAGGCUUUUUUUUUCUUUUUUUUUCUUUUUCUUUUCUAAAAACAAAAAGCAAAUAAAAGCAUAAAAAGAAGAGAUUUCUGGGGAUAGCUGGAAUAAACUCUACUCAAGUUCAGCAUUCAACACGAUGUUUCUGUGUCUUAGGAGUAAAUGAGUGGCAAGUUCCAGGCAAGGCCCAGCUGGCUAAGUGCAAGUUUUCUAGUAUAGCUAGGAACUGGAUUGGCUCUUUGGCUGCCAAGCCCACCUCCAGUAAUUAGAAGCUGAAUUAGAAGCUAAUUGACUCUGCAAUUCACUUCCAGUGCUCAUUAUCACUUUGAUAUUUAAAGUACUUGUAAAACUGAUGAAUCUGUACUUGUGAUUUCUCUGAAGUGAGAAAAUAAAACAAGUUCCAGAUGAGUAGCUGGGUGGUAAUUAUCUGUUAAUAUUGUUCUACAUGUUGAUUUUGGUAAUGGCUGUAUUUUAUUAAGGACUAAUGAGUCAUCUUCAGUGCUUCAAGUCCAGGUGACAAGGAAAAACCCAGCAAAGGACAGUUACAGCCCACGGCAGCAGCAGCAGCAGUGCUGUGGGUGCAGUUCUGUUACCCAAAGCCUCCUGAGGAGAUGACAUUUGGAGAUCAGCUGAGUGAUGUUUGUGGAGCAAGCUCCUCUCAGGAAAAUUAAGGAAGCAGAAAUGCAAAUGCCCAGCACUCAGCUCCUGCAGGCAUUUGGAAUGCAGUCAGCUUUGCCAUUCGUUUACAUUUUCAUUUUUUCAGGAAAGUGGUCGCAUUGGCAGUUUCUUGUGUAACUCCAGAGGGCAAUUUUGUAUUUUUGUUGUAUUCCCUUUGGAGCAUGCUGAUUGUUUGCCUCCCUGCAAGCUUUCCAGAGAUCUCCCCUGAGGAGCUGCACCUGGCGUAUUAUAACUGCAGUGCAAUGGAGAGCACAGGAUACUAUGUAAGUAUUCAGAACAACUGAGCUUUCUGUGGACACGCUCAGGGUAGCAGUGGUUCCUGUUCUUCAGGUGGCCGCUCUUGACUCAGUGAAUACCAGUGCCCUCAUACGUUCACUUUUCUGUGCAGGGAGUAGAAAACAGCAGGAGCUGCUGGCCUGAAGGCUUUGCCAUUACUGAGCAACCUGAUGUGGCCAUAGGUGACCCUGUUCACUGCAGGGGAAUUGGGUCAGAUGGCUUUAAAGGUCCCUUCUGACUCAAACAGGUCUAUGAUUCUCCCUGCCCCUUUCUGAUAACUGCGUGGCACAGGCCUCACCAAUGAUGCAGGUACAAAACGUAUUAUCCAAAGCAGGAGUUUCUGCUCAUAAAGUGGGGCAAAACCUGAAUUGUCCAGUCUGAAAUUUCCUUGCAGUAGCUCAGAUCACUCUUGUUCCCCCUUUUAAAGAAGGCAAAGGGGGGGAAAGGGGGGGAAAGGGACCCAAAUAAGAAAAAAACAAAAGCCAUGCUUAACAAAAGCAUGUUUGUGUUUUCCCACGUUUAGAUAAACGCUGUCCAUCAGUAUGUGCAACAAUGGAGAAACAGGCUGCAGGAGCUGAAGGCUUUAAAUGCCUGGAGAACAGCAUCGAUGCUACUUUGGAGAGAGAAAGUGGUCACUCCACCAUUACCUUCUCUUGGAUUGGGAGGACAGUAAGUCCCAAGCACUGGGUUCCCAAGCUCUCCAGCCAACAGCAGCAGCGGUGCUGCCCGCUUGUCCUUGCAAAUCCCAGCGUCUCAUCUGGAAGCGCUCCAGCUGUGGGGAGCUCUGCUGCUGCCUCCAGUCCUCCUGCACUCGGGGUGACGUCCUCCCACAGCUGUCCCCAUCCUGUUGGGACUGGGGAUUCUGCAGCUCCAUCCACAGCCCGCUCCUCACUUAACGCUCCUGGAACGGCCGCUGGUCAUGGACUUCUGGGCUUCCAGGCCCUGCGAGCCCUGCUGCGGCAAAUCCUUCCAGCACCGCUCCGCUUGCUGUCGCUGCUCCCAAGGCAGCUACAGAACCUUCUCACCCGGGUGCAAGCAGUGCUUUGGCCACACCGACUGCCGGUGCCUCUGCACACAGCGCCGCGUCUGCGCCUCCUGCAUCCACACGGCAUCAGAGCAGGGCAGUUACACACACCAAGGAGGGAACUAACGGCCAGAGAGCUGGAGCAGUUCAGAGCCAAGAAGUUUCGCUAGGAAAGGUCCUUCUGAAGCCACCACCAGCAGACCUUUUGUAUGAUAAGGAUUUAAGUUAAUUCUGAAGUUAUAUGCCUUAAUUAAAUAUAAAUUAAUACAUUAUAUUAUAUUAUUUACAUAUGCCUCAA